ACAGUCUCGACAAAGACAUGUGGAGAAGAACUACUAGAGGGAACGUCCUGCUGGUGCCUUCGAGGUCUAACAAUGGAAGAAGAUGGAUCAUUAACAUUUGAAAGCGUUAGUCUGAAGAACACCGGCAAAUAUAGAUACACUGUUUUUAAUGCUGAAGGUACACAGAUUGAUGCUGGAGAAAAGGAAAUUAACGUUUAUGCAAAGGCUCCUAAACCUACUGUGAUGUUUGACUAUGAUGAUAGUUACGUUACUCUCACCUGUGACAUUGGAAACCAUACGGAUCUGACUGUAUCCUGGUAUAAAGAAGGCAAAAUCAUCCAGAAUGAAAAAAAAACUAAACUGCUCUUGACAUCUGCUCAAGUACAGGAGGAAAGAACGUACUCAUGCAGUGUAAGCAAUCCUGUCAGCAAUGAGCAAAGUGACAGCGUUCAAGUUUCAC